ACCAAGAAACAAUGAUUAUUUAUCUGUACGGACCUCCCCAAAGCAGCUCUGUGCACUCGUCAGUAGUCUGAGCCCAGAACAGCACCAAGCUGUUCGAGAUAUGGGAUUUGGAUCCCUUUUAAAUGCAACAUUGUCCUUGUGUGAUUGUGAACUUCUGAGAUACCUUCUUGAGCGCUUUGAUGUUGGUAGAUGCUCAAUACAUCUGGAAGAGGAGGAGCUCCUUCUAGGAGAUGAUGAUGUACAGAAAACACUUGGCAUCCCCAGAGGCCAACAGACUGUUGUGGAGGCUGAAAUAACAAGCAAGGACCCACAGUUCACUGGCUUGGUUGCACUUUGGAGACAGCGGUGGGGAGUGAAGACAGGCACACCAACUACAAGCCAGAUGCUGAAUGGCAUUAUUGAGAGGCGUGAUCAUGGAGACAUGUUCAAACGUGACUUCAUAAUCUAUGUUGUUUCCACAUUGAUAAGAGGCUUCAAGAACAUGUUCUGCAACUACAGGCUCCUGUAUUCACUGCAAGAUGUCAGCAAGAUCCAAGACUUCAACUGGUGUGCUUACACGAUACGAUCUCUUGUUGACACCACCACAACAUGGAGGGGCAAACGUGAUGCAGCCUUCACUGGUCCUGCAACUUUCCUGAUGGUUAGAGGAGAAAUAGUCAGAAAGAGAAUUCCCACCAUCACUUCAUGGACUUCAAGUGAUUUGAGGGCAAGGGUCAAGGUUGAAAGAGACAUAGGCGGCUUUGGAAAGGGCAAAGUCGUUGAAUAUAUCCCAGAUGCACAUCAGCCACCACCUCCUCAACUGUCACCACCCGUGAACUGCCACAAGGUCAGGAAGUUGAAAAGGUCACCACCGCAUUGA